UGUUCAUCCACAGUCCAUACAUUAAGAGAUCCCAAAAUUACAGUUGGUUAUGCUUUUGGUGCUCUCAUAUACAUGUAAUAGAACAGGAAGAACAGAAUUAUGAGGUUCUGAGAUAAUUUUCGUAUCGAUCAUUGUGUGCAUCUCAAUUAAUAAAGUCAGUCUCAAGAUGGCGCCCGCCCCGCAGCCGGCGACUACCCCGCCCAUGAAGGCCACUUCGAAUGGAUUAUUUCAGGGCGAAAAUCCACUUGAUUACACUCUUCCCUUACUCAUCGUCCAGAUCAUCUUGGUCGUGGUGUUCACCAGGUUUCUUGCAUAUCUUCUAAAACCUCUCCGGCAACCCCGAGUCAUAGCCGAAGUUAUAGGUGGAUGUCUGCUAGGGCCCUCCGCAUUCAGGAGGAGCAAGACCUUUCUCACUAGGCUAGAUACAGUAGCCAACAUUAGGCUCUAUUUCUUCUUCUUCCUCUUCGGCCUCGAGCUCGACAUUGACGCCAUCCGCAGCACCGGAAAGAAGUCCCUCAGCAUCGCCCUCUGCGAGAUCACCCUCCCUUUCGUCCUCGGCAUCGGCACCUCCGAAUCCCUACGCGCCACCGUCUCAAAAGGCGUGAAACAAGGCCCCUUCAUGGUCUUCAACGGUGUCGCCCUCUCCAUCACUGCCUUCCCCGUCCUGGCCCGCAUCCUCUCUGAGGUCAAGCUCCUCACCACCGAUGUCGGCCGCAUUGCCAUGUCCGUUGCCGCCGUCAACGCCGCCGCCACCUGGAUCCUUCUCACCCUCAUCAUCGCCCUCACCGGCAACAACACCUCACCGCUUGUCUCUGUCUGGGUCCUCCUCUGAGGCGCUGGCUUCGUCGGGUUCGUCGUCGUCCCCAUACGCGCCAUACUGGUCAUGAUGGCGCGAAGGUCCCCCGAGGGCGAACCAGUGAAGGAGCUCUACAUUUGCAUCACUCUCUCGCUGGUCUUGGCCUCAGGGUUCGUGACGGACACGAUUGGGAUACAUGCGCUGUUCGUGGUGGGGAUCAUAAUGCCGAAGAAGGGUCCGUUCGUCGGGGUGUUGAUAAAGAAGAUUGAGGACCUAGUUUCGGGGCAUCUGUUGCCGCUUUAUUUUGUGUCGAGUGGGCUCAAGACUAAUUUUUUUGUGUUGGUGAUCUUUACAGUGUCGUUUGGGAAGAUCGUCAGGACAGUCACCGUGUCGAUGCUGUUCAAGGCGCUAGGGUUCCUUAUGAAUACAAAGGGCUUGGUAGAGCUCAUCGUCCUCAAUAUUGGCAAGGAUAGAAAGGUACUGAACGAACAGACUUUUGCCAUCUUCAUUUUGAUGGCAUUGUUCACCACCUUCAUUACCACACCACUAGUGAUGGCAGUGUACAAGCCAGCACGAAAGGGAGCCCCUUACAAACUACACACCAUUUUCCGCAAAAGCCCGGACACAGAGCUUCGAAUAUUGGCAUGCUUCCACACCACCUGCAACGUCCCCACCAUGAUCAACCUCAUCGAGUCGUCCCGCGGCACCCGCAAGCGCGGACGACUCACCGUCCAUGCCAUGCACCUCAUGGAGCUCUCGGAGCGGUCCUCUGUGAUCUCUAUGGUCCACAAAGCCCGCUACAAUGGCCUCCCAUUUUGGAACAAGAAGAGUGAUGAAAAUGACCAAAUGGUUAUUGCUUUCGAGGCCUACGAGUAGCUCAGCAGCGUCAAGAUUCGGCCACCCACUGCCAUCUCUUCUUUAAACGACAUGCACGAGGACAUAUGUGCCUGUGCGCACCAAAAAACCGCGGCAAUGAUUUUGUUGCCGUUUCACAAGCAUCAGAAGCUGGACGGCACCAUGGAGUCGGUGGGACACUCAUUUCAAGUGGUGAACGAGCGUGUGCUCCAACAUCAUGCACCUUGUUCGGUUGGGAUUCUAGUUGAUAGAGGACUCGGUGGCACCAUGCAAGUCUCAGCCAGUGAUGUGUCAUAUACGGCGGUGGUGGCGUUCUUCAGAGGAAGGGAUGACCGGGAGGCACUAGCCUAUAGUAUGAGACUGGCUGAACAUCAUACUGGGAUUGCAUUGACUAUUUUUAGAUUCAUUGCUCCACAAGGGAAGACAUUGAGAUUUGGAGCGAAAUUAGUUGGGAUAGCAGCUGACAACAAGAAAAUACUGAAAGAAGAAGACUGUGGCCAAGAAAAUGAAGAGGACGAGAAGUUCUUGGAGGAGUACAAGAAUGUAAGAAGUAGCAGUAAGGAAGAGGAAGAGUCCAUGUUUUACGAGGAGAAGGUGGUGGAUAGCAAAGGGGAGAUCGCGGUGACGUUAAAGACUCUAAGCAAGCACAACUUGUUUAUAGUGGGGAUGCCACCGACUGUCCCGUUGGUAGAGUCGAGUGACUGUGCGGAGCUUGGGCCAAUUGGGAGUUUCUUAGCCUCGUCAGACUUAUCUUCCACAGCUUCGGUUGUGGUGAUUCAACAGUAUGAUGCUACGGCGUCACGACCAUUUGUGGUGGAGGAAGCUGACUAUGAGUUGCCUAAGUCCUCGUCUAUGGUUUAAGUAUGAGAGAUUAUACAUUAUAUUUGCAAACACAUGCAUGCAUAUAGAUAUUUGGUGAAAUUAGGUCAUGAGGAAUAAGAGCUUUAGCAUUUUCGAACUUUGAUGUAAUGUAAUGAGCUAGGAGAUAAUCCAUAGGGUCAUAAAGCAAUAUAGUCAAAUUAUAUUUGUAUUUCUCAUCCAAAUUUGUAUUUGUAGUAUGCAG